UCCAGUGCGGAGUAUUUGGGUAUUCAAAUAUGAAAAUAUUAAUAAGCCUAGAAAAUGGAAAGUAAUAAAUUGCUGACCUAUUUCGGGUGUUUUGUCCAUAAUAGAGUUAUAUUAUUGUUAAGUAUUUCUGAUGCAGCUGCUAAACUCUGUACAUAACCCCAUCACAUGAUAUCAUGACUCCCUCAUUCACCACUCUUUAUCUGAAACAUUCUUCCCCAUGAUCUUUAUACAUGAGUAGAAUUCACUCUGGGGGUUGAAUGUCCAUGGUACUGAAUGUUUGCGCGUCUAGCUAGACGUCUUUUACCAACUGCAGCUUUUACAAUUGAAGUUACAACAUUGUUUUUACCUCCCAUUUUCAGACUUAAUUCCAUACUUCCAUGUGUCCAUCGGAAGCAUGCAUCUUCAGCUUUAGGCUAGGCUAUCUUAUUAGGGAGACCGUUAUAGGCAUAGUCAAUCACAAUCACGUUUAUUGUCCUACAAGAGGAAAAUCUUUGCACAGCUCACAAAUGACAUACACAAAACAUAGAAAACGCAGUGGGAAACAAGCUAUAAGUCACACACAAAUAGUAGCCCCAUCCCCCACAUGCCCAUAUGAAACUACUUGGAAUUGGUAAUGAAUCAGGGAACCCUAGGAUAAUUGUGGGGUAAUGUGAUGGUAUAGCAGACCUAGCUAUAAUCAUCCCAGAGGAAAAACAAAAAGAUAAAUGUGAUAGUGUCUGGGGGCUCAGUGUCAUGGAUAAUAGAGGUAUUAGAGGCUGGGGGUGUAAAUGGGUGCAGUGAUAGUGAUGUGUGAAAACAUUGAGGUCAACAGUGGCAUUGUCAUUGAGGGUAAAUACUGUAUUAGGGUUAAUAAGGUUGAGCUGGCCAAAGAUUAGGGCUCUGUUUGAAUCACAGAAGCCCCAAUAUGUUACUCUUCCUUCGAAAAGCGAACCCAUUAUGCCAUUGAGUACAUAUUGAGGCCCCUCCCUGCCAUCCGAACAUGCAUUAGCGCACCGAUGAUGUCUUUCGUACAGUGAUCUACAGACCUCCAUUAAAGCCACAGCAGCAAGAAUCACUGUGCCUUUAAGCCCCCAGACCUCCAUCCCACUUCCAUGGUUCAUGUGCCAUCUGUCAGGAUGGGCUAAUCUGAAAGGGUGGGGCUUAUGCCCAAACAAACCAUAAGGUGGUACCUGGCUGGAACCCACUCAUGUGGUUCUCCUGAGAGACAGUAUCCAGCUGGACUGAAGAGAAGGAGAGAAACCAAAUGGAGAAAGGCAUCCGAGAUUGCUCCUCACAGAAAGAAUCCGGCUCUGGUGAGAUGAGGGGACAGGAUGGCAACUCGACCGGUGGACCGCAGCUGAAAGGACACUUUUGCAGGUGGUGUGUGGCGCGGUGUGAGGGGAGGUCAUGCCCCUGGUCAAGAGGAACAUAGAGCCCCGGCACCUCUGUCGAGGGGGGCUGCCCGAGGGGAUUGGCUGUGAGCUGGAGUGUGUCACCAACAACACCCUCUCUGCCAUCAUACGCCAGCUCAGCAGUCUAAGUAAACAUGCGGAGGACGUCUUUGGAGAGCUUUUUAGUGAGGCUAACACAUUUUAUGUGCGUGCCAACGGUCUCCAAGACCGCAUCGACCGCUUGGCUGUCAAGGUCACCCAGCUGGAUUCCACUGUGGAGGAGGUCUCUCUGCAGGACAUCAACAUGCGCAAGGCGUUUAAAAGCUCUACAGUCCAGGACCAGCAGGUGGUGUCCAAGAGUAGCACGUCCAACCCUGUGGAGGACAUGUACAACACCAGCGACAAGCCUCCUUCUCUCAGCAUCCUCUCUGCUUACAGAGAUGACCAUACCGAUGGGAUGAAGUUCUACACGGACCCGUCCUACUUCUUUGACCUGUGGAAGGAGAAGAUGCUGCAGGACACGGAGGACAAGAGGAAGGAGAGAAGAAGACAACGCGAGCAGAAGCGAUGUGUUGACGGCACACUUCAGCGCGAGGUGAAGAAGGUUCGUAAAGCCAGAAACCGCCGUCAGGAGUGGAACAUGAUGGCGUUCGACAAAGAGCUCCGCCCAGACCACCGCCACCCUCACUCUCUCCACCGGGGGGCGUCGUCUGAGGGCUCCCUCUCCCCAGAGAGCAGAUAUGGUCAUGACCUGCCAGACUACCCAACUGCUCCAGGCCUUCCACAUUCUGCAUCCAACCAUGCCCUGGCUCACCCCUACCCGCCUGCAGACAUUCAAGAGUCUGUAGAGCAUGAGUACCACAGCAUCGGAGUCAGUUACAGAGAAGGGACUCUCAACCGCACACACCACUCCCCACCUCUGCAUCGCUCCACUGAGAGAAUAAAUGGCACUAUGACGCUUCCACCUGCGGACUACAGUAUAAUGGAGUACUAUGCCAGUUCCGGACCACCACCCCCUCCCCCAGCCCCUCUUAUCCCAUCCGCACAGACAGCCUUUGGCUCUCCCGUGGUAUCCCCCACCCCCCUUACUGGACCUAGGCCAGGGGCCACAGGCUAUGGUCUCCCACCUCUACCUCCCCCAGGACCUCGCAUGAUUCCACCUCCCCCAGGUCCCCCUCCACCACCAGUACCCCCUGCCCCCCCCCAACGGGCAAGACUUGUUGACGGGAAGAGACAGGACAUCCAGCCUCGAAGUGACCUUCUGUCAGCUAUUCGCAUGGGUAUCCAGUUGAAGAAGGUGCAGGAGCAGCAGGAGCAGCAGGCCAAGCGGGAGCCUGUGGGGAAUGACGUGGCCACCAUCCUGUCCCGUCGCAUCGCAGUGGAGUACAGCGACUCGGAGGAUGACUCCGAACUGGAAGAGAACGACUGGUCCGACUGACCCUGACCCCAUCCUUCACAGUGACCUCACACCAUGGACACAUCACUCCUCCAGCCCAACUAUCCCACAAUGGUGAUGAUGCAGUACAGAUGAAUUAUGGGAGUCAUAUUUUCAGUAUGCAUUAAACGGGUAUAGGCUGAGAACACACUUGCAUUUUAGUGUAAGUCCUGUAGGUGAGUGGACUGGACUUAAAAUGAAGGCAAAUUAGUGUUCCUGAUGAACUGAGAUUCAGCUGAAAUCACUCAAAGGUACACGGACCAAAUAACCAAGUAGCGCAUUUCCCUUUUCCCUACAGAGCUGUCUAAUCUCUCUUUAUCAGACAACAACCUUACCAUUUCAUCUGACACAGAUCACCAACACUGUCUUCUCAAUGUCACUAACCUCAUGUAUGAUUUGAUCUGGAUUUAGAAACCAUUAGAAAGGCUCGAGGUUCUCUCUGUAGCAUAGACUGGCUCUGAACAGACAUAGCGGGUACGUUCCAGCCCGACUGUGUUUAAGAUGGGGUGCAGUGCAACCAGUGACAAUAAUUAUGAAUUGCUUGUCAAUGUAAACAUGUCUCUUCACAUGUAUUCUAGAAAUACAUUUGAUAUGAUAUGCAGAUCAGCAAGCUGACCACUGAGUGGCACUGUGCUCAUGUUUAAUGCUCACUAUUUGAAUGAUUUAUUUUUGAGAUUCGACAUUUAAUUUUUUUUAAAUAAUUCUAGAUGACUAGCUAUCAACAAACUGCAAAUGUUUGCAUCAUGCUGAAAUGUUGAGUGAAGAGUGACAGGGUGACAAUGUGAGUAGAUGACCUUAAAUAGACCUCAAACUGAUGAGGUCUCUAAUAUACUGUAUGAACAGGCUCCUAUUUGACUAGAUGUACUGCUGUGACACCUGUGCAUGAAUUCCAUACGUACAAAUGGAAUAGUGGGAAUAAAUGUUUGUUUGCAGUGAAAAACAAUAGUUAACAAGGGCAAAUUUUGAUGUUUGCAUAAUAGCCCCAUUUCUGUGCUAUUGCAACCCACAAAACCGAUAACUCUGAAUUGAUUCGAAUUCAGUAAGAAUGUCAGAAACAAUUUUAUAUUUAGUAAAUUCUUAUAUUGAAUAACUGAAUUUGGUUAAAAAAUUGUACGAUGGCAAAAGACAACCAUUGGAUAACCAAUGUUUAUUAUUAUACAAAAACAUUCAUACCUGUAAUUAAAUGUUAGCUCUCUGUGCUUUUACACAAAAAAGUAAGAGCCUUAUAAACCUGGUGCAUAAUUCA